AUACAAAAAGUAAAUAAGUAAUGGAAGAAUGAAGAAUGUGAAAAUUGGAUACUAUAUCGAAUAGUCCAGUCGGGUUCCAAAUACCUAGUAAAAAAAUACUGAAAAUAGAAACUGCUUUGAAAAUCUACAUUCACUUCUGGAAACAUUCCUCAAUAAAUAGGGCACUUGAUACUAGUUUAUAUACUAUACAUUAUAUCUGAAAGUGCAUUUUUCAGUAUGGCUGAAGAAAGUGAUUUCAGUAAAUCCAAUAACUCUUUGGAAAUGUCUACAGAAGAUUCUAAUCUUUCAAGCAGUGAAAAUUUACAAAAUGAUGGAAAAGAAGACAAAAUUUUGUCUGAUAAUGGGAAAAUCGAGAAAAAAACGGAUUUCCCUAACACCUGCUAUUGUGGUAAAGAUAGAAAUCUGAACAUUGUUGAGCUGCUCUGUGCCAACUGUUCCCGUUGGUUCCAUGAGUCCUGCAUAGGUUAUCAGCUGGGUAAACUUGUUCCAUUCAUGUCCAACUACAUAUUUCUGUGCAAGAACUGCUCUCCCACAGGGCUGGAAAGUUUCAGAAAGAGCCAAGCACAAACACAACAGAUGUGUGUAACUGCUAUAGCUAACCUCCAACAAGCUAGCAUCAAAGAGGGUUCAAAUAGGACCAUGUUCAGCAAAGACCAAGAAAUUAUUCCCUACAUUGAAUACCAUUGGGAAGCUUUGACUACCACAUCCAGGAGAGUUACCCAAUCAUGGCAUAUUACUGUCACCAAAGCCCUCAUCAAAGACAUCCACAUCCUUUUCAUAUUUGAAGAUAGUGGAGCUAGUGGACACAGUUAUGGUUUGCUGAAUCCUGAUGUGUCUCAGAUAAAACCAAAUUAUGGAGCCAUGAUUAAAGGUGGGGUGUUGAGAGUUACUGACAUGGGCAUUCAACAUGUUUCAGCGAACUCAAACGUGAAAUCGAGAAACACGAAAAGGAAGUACCCCGGCGAUGUGGGCUUGCAAGGGAAGAAGGGCAGGGGCGUGGAUUUGGGAGUGGCGAAACUGCCUGCUCACGGCUACCCCUUGGAUCAUCCCUUCAACAAGGACGGGUACAGAUAUUUGUUGGCGGAGCCUGAUCCUCAUGCUCCUUUCAGACAGGAGUUCGACGAGAGUUCCGAUUGGGCGGGCAAGCCGAUCCCCGGCUGGCUGUACCGCACCUCGAUACCGACCGCGGUCCUCUUGGCGCUGCACGACCGCGCGCCGCAACUGAAGAUCUCCGAGGACCGGCUCGCGGCUACCGGGGACAAGGGGUACUCCACCGUCAGGGCGACGCAUUGCGUCACCAAAGGCACCUGGUACUUCGAGACCACCAUCGAAGAGAUGCCGGAAGGCUCCGCAACCCGGAUCGGCUGGGGCCAGGACUACGCGAACCUGCAGGCGCCGCUCGGCUACGACAAGUUCGGGUACUCUUGGCGCUCGAAAAGGGGCACCAAGUUCCACGAGUCGCACGGCAAGAGGUACGGCGAGGGGUACGGGGAAGGAGACACGCUCGGGGUGAUGAUAUCACUGCCAGAGAACGGGAAAACCACUAAAAUGUUGCCCGGGACUUAUAAAGAUAGGCCGUUGGUGAAAUUCAAGAGCCACCUCUACUAUGAGGACAAAGACAACGUCCAGGAGCGGCUGAAGGCGCUCGUCGCGCUGCCUGACAGCAAAAUAAUCUUCUUCAAGAACGGCGUCUGCCAGGGCGUCGCCUUCGAGGACGUCUACCAGGGCGGCUACUUUCCCGUGUUGUCGCUGCACAGGAAUGUUACCGUGUCGGUGAACUUCGGGCCGGUGUUCAAGUGCCCGCCGGCGGAAGGGGAGUUCGACUAUAGGCCGAUGUGUGAGAAAGCCGAGGAAGCAAUUUGUGAUCAGACCUUGGCCGACCUGAUUUAUCUGACAGAAAACGAAGGGAAGCUGCGACUGGAUAGUUUUGUUCUUUGACAGUGAGAAUUAAUUUUAUUUUCCUUUCUUUGUUUUCCAAUAUGCAUUCACAUACAAGAGACAGCCAAAUUUUAGGAAUAUCUUGAUCAGGUAUUUCAACAACUAAGGUAACUGCCUUCCAUUUUCAGUAGAUCUGAGAAUUGUUCAAGUUUGUGGAUGUUCAGUAACUCACUUGUAAAUAUUGAGCUUUUCUGAUAUUUGUUAUAAUUGUGUAAUAAAAUACUUAUUCC